CGAAGACGAACCUCUUCGAGGCUUAGUGCGGCAACGUCCACUUAACCAGCGACAACAAAUCGCAACCAUCCCCCCAGUAGGUCUUCAACAAACAAGUGCAGUUGGAAGUUAAAGCAAACACAUUGAAUAUGGUCAACAUUGGCCACAUAUUUCUAUGGGCGCUAAUAGUGGUCAUUGCUUCAGGGACGGAUCUGAACAGUGAUGAUUCGCUUAAUGAUGUCUUAAGCUACGUCACGCCCACGUUCAAUAGUGAGACAUCUUUGUCAGUGCAAAGCAUUGAAAAGAUCGAUGUAAAAUGCGACCAACGAAAUGGCAUGACGGUGGAGGUGGACUUUUUGGAGAACUUUAAUGGAAUCAUUUACAGUCAGGGCUAUUACAAUGAUCCCAAGUGCACCUAUGUGGCAGCCAAUAAGGGAGACACUAAAUUUAUAUUCAAUGUGCCUUAUGAUGGCUGCGGCAGUAAGCCCUCCUGCUCGAUAUGCUCUUCAAUCGAGAACGUUCUAAUUAUACAAAAUGAUAAGGAUAUUCAGAACAGUUGGGACAUAGCCCGAAAGGUGGCAUGCAGCCGCAGCGAGGAGCAGGAGAAAACGGUUUACUUCAAGCCAUUUGUUGUGGACAUGCUCGAAGUUGUUUCUGUGGAUACACCGAGCGGGCCAGUGGAGUGCUGGAUGGAAAUUGGCACUGGAAUUCCACCGAACAUAAAGCCCAUUAGUUCAACACUGAAGCUUGGCACCGAUGUCACCUUCACCAUAAAUGUAAAGCAUUCGACUCAAGCCUGGGAUGUCAACAUACUGAAGUGCUAUGCCUCGGAUGACAUGAACUUUGAGGCAAGAACCACCAAGACGUUGCAGCUCUCCGAUAAAAGAGGCUGCACCAUAAAGGAAAAAAUAUUUGGAGAGUGGAAAAAGUUGGAGUCCCAGUCCGGAUCGAGUCUUACCUCCACAUAUUAUAAUACGCUCAAAGCAUUCAAAUUCCCCGAUCGCUCGCAAGUCUUUCUAAAGUGUGAUAUUGAAUUGUGCAAGGGAGCCUGUCAAAGAGAUUAUUCGUGCAGCAGUUUAAAGAACAAUAUACCCAUAGAUGGGCCCAAGCCCAGGUGUUACCCCGGCUCCGAAGAUCCUGCUUGUCUUUCCACCACUUCCGCAAGGCCAAAAAUAACAAUAACCACAACUAAAUCAAGAUGUUAUUCUGGGUCAACUGAUCCUGAAUGCCAGAAAACUACCUACUUUCCACGGACAACGACUGAAUCUACAAUAGAAAUAGAACAACCAGAAUGUUAUCCAGGCUCAACCGAUCCUCGAUGCCCUCAGAGGCCUACGCCUACUACAAAGCCGAGAUGUUAUCCUGGUUCAAAGGAUCCAGACUGCCUCAACUGCUUCCCAGGUUCUCCAGAUCCAAGGUGUCCUAAGGUGCCAACAACAAAAAAGGCAGGCUGUGAGGAGAACUCAGAUGACCCCAGAUGUCAACCUGCCACUUAUUUGCCGCCUUCUACAUUUCGUACUCCAACACUUUCACCAAAGCCGCGAUGCUAUCCUGGAUCGAGAGAUCCUGAGUGCCUACCAGUAACUUACCAGCCACCAACAACAAGAAGAACACCAACUUACACGGCUCCGACCACGCCUAGAGCUCCUAUAACUACAGAAACACCGAAAUGUUAUCCAGGGUCUAACGAUCCUCGAUGCCCUCAGAGACCCGCGACGACCAUUAAGCCGAGAUGUUAUCCCGGCUCGCAGGAUCCAGAGUGUCAACCCGCUACUUACUUGCCACCGACAACGAGAAAAACACCAGUGUAUAGACCGAAACCGAGCUGCUAUCCAGGUUCGACCGAUCCACGAUGCCCUCAGGAACCCGCGACGACCACCAAGCCACGUUGCUAUCCUGGCUCUUCCGAUCCUGAAUGUGUUUCACCGACGUACACUCCACCGACAACAAGAAGAACACCAGUUUACACGCCUCCGACGACAACUAGAGCUCCCAUAACUACAGAAACACCAAAAUGUUAUCCAGGCUCAACCGAUACCCGAUGCCCUCAGAGGCCUGCGACUACAACAAAGCCCAGAUGUUAUCCGGGCUCUCAGGAUCCAGACUGCCAGCCCGCUACUUACUUGCCACCAACAACGACCAAGACACCAAAGCCUCGAUGCUUCCCAGGUUCCACCGAUCCUCGAUGCCCUCAGGAACCCGCUACGACACAGAAGCCACGUUGCUAUCCUGGCUCUUCCGAUCCUGAAUGUGUUUCACCGACGUACACUCCACCGACAACGAGAAGAACACCAACUUACACGACAACCAGAGCUCCUAUUACCACUGAAGCACCUAAAUGUUAUCCAGGGUCUAACGAUCCUCGAUGCCCUCAGAGGCCCGCGACUACUACAAAGCCCAGAUGUUAUCCGGGCUCACAGGACCCGGAGUGUCUUAACUGCUUCCCAGGCUCUCCAGAUCCAAGGUGUCCUAAGGUGCCAACAACCAAGAAGGCAGGCUGUGAGGACAACUCUGAUGACCCCAGAUGUCAACCUGCCACCUAUUUACCUCCCUCUACAUAUCGCACUCCAACCCUUUCACCUAAGCCGAGGUGCUAUCCUGGGUCGAGAGAUCCUGAGUGCUCUCCAGCAACUAACCAGCCACCAACAACUAGAGGAACAACUACAGUCCCACCCAAGCCACAGUGUUAUCCAGGGUCUACCGAUCCUCGAUGCCCUCAGAAGCCCGUGACGACCGUAAAGCCGAGAUGUUAUCCUGGCACGCAGGAUCCAGAGUGUCAACCACCAACAUAUCUGCCCCCAACAACGAAACAACCUCCAACUUAUAAUACCAAACCAACUAGGCCCGUAACAACAGCGACUCCCACAGAUGAGGAAAAGCUAAGGUGCUACUCUGGGUCGCCAGACCCUCGUUGCAAGCAGGACACCACUGUCAUACCAUCCUUUAACUUGGUAACUUCAACUCAGCCACCCGCAACAACGCCUACCUAUUGUUAUCCUGGAUCUAUUGAUCCACGUUGCCCCGACAGCGGCUACAAAGGCACGAGCCGUAUUCCAGCUACAUAUCUACCGCCCUUGAGUGACCCGGGCUACGACAGGACUAUUCGAAAUGCAAAGAGUUCUUUCUUCAAGGAAAUUAACCAAUUGGCCUUCACGGAUAAUAAUGUUUUUGAGAUUGAUGACGAUGCGAGUGAAUCAACUAGAGUUAAGCGGGAGUUAAAGGAUGACGACGAUGAUUCUUUGAUGAUUACUCAAGAGGAAGACCUUCUAUCGAGAAGAAUUGUUAAGCGUGAGUUCAGUGAGCGGCCAUCGGAGAGAGAGGUGAUUUCCCUGACACUCGGUGUUCGAACUGGGAUCAAUGUUAAUUAGUCAUGGAAAUGAAAUGCCUAGCACUAGAGCAAUACUAUUAUAAUACCCAUCUUACACCGAUAUGUAUUCUACUUAGCCAGAUAUUCAUUAAAUAUAAAUCUAUGUACAAAUUGUAA